GGAUGUUCACACGGGAGAGGAGGAGGAGGAGGAGGGGAGAAAGGCAGAGUGGAGGGACUUUCAGAUUUUGAGCUUAUUCCUUAUGAUGUUCCCAUUCUGAGCUGUGAUGGCAGUGGUGGUUGCUCAUUUAUAGGGUCAUGUUUGCUGUUUUGAUGGACCAUUUUGAUGUGACAAGUGGACUUAUUGUUUGAGGCAGCUGUGGAAGUAAAGAUGAGUAACGUGGAAGUGGAGGACAGCAUCAUGUCAUACCUGUCACAGAGUGAGACCGACACCAGCCCCAAAGACUUGAAUGUAGUGGUCAUGCUCCAUAACUUCUGGGAGCAGAGACAGACAGGUGGGUUAAAUGGUUCCUCCAGUGAAUCAGAUGGUUCUGUAGCCAUCCAGACAGAGAGCUUGCUGCUGUAUGAGUCUGCACCGUCCCCUGGUCCUCCAUACGUCUGCUAUGUCACCCUGCCUGGAGGAAGCUGCUUUGGUAACUAUAAGGUGUGUGACACUCAGGCAGAGGCUCGGAGGGAUGCAGCUCGCGUGGCCCUGAUGAACUCACUUGUGAACGAGCUGCCGUGUCGACGUAUUAACCCUCAGUUCAUCGCUCAGAGUUUACAGCAGGCGGCCACAGACAGUGCUGUCUCUAUAGAAGAUGCUUGUGAUUCAAGCACCAGUAUAGGGACCUACAGUUUGCUGCUCCACUCCUACAUAGGAAGGACCAUGCUUGAGUUCCAGGAGAUGAUGACAAUUUUCCAGUUGUUGCAGUGGAACGGGACACUGAAGGCUCUGAGGGAAAGGCAGUGCUCUCGACAGAGUGUGAUUUCCUAUUACUCUCAGCGAGGACUUGAUGAGUACAUGCGCAGCAGCAUGGCUCUGGAUUGGCUCGGACGGGAGCAGAGGUUACCGGGUCGACUCGGGGAGGAGCUGCAGGUGGCGCAGAGGGAGCUGGUGUUGGCCCGGCGGCGAGGCAUAGAGCUGCGCUUCUACAAGGAAAAGACAGAGAUCCUCAGCUUGGCUCUAAGUCAAGCAUACACUCACCACACACCUGAGGACUACAGCGAGGCGCCCAGUCACACAUACAAGCAAGAGCAGCUUCCUUUACACACAUUAUACAGCCAGGACACGGAAGUCCAGAUAACUCCACCAUACAGUCCUUCACCAACCCUCCAUAAAAAGCAAACAGUCUUACAAACCUCUGGCAAACACAUGCCCUACUAAAAGUCCUUCACCGUGCUCAGACUUAUGUGCCUUUAAAUGACUUUGAAAAGACUGAAGCAGAAGGUAGAGGAUGGAAGUUGUCAUUUGAAUGAGCUAAAACUCUGCCACUGGAAAUUUGCAUCUGUUUGGGAGAACAGAACAUAUCAAGCAUGGUCAUGGUCUUCAGGUUUAGUGUACACAUAAGUGUUCUGUAAGCAAAAGAAUUACAGCUAUUGUGUUAAAUUUUGUAGUAAUACUGUUCUAACCUUAUUAACACUCUUUUGUGACCAUAGAACUUAAAGCUAUGUGUAGUGUAUUUACAACUUUAACCAAAAGAAAUACAGCAGUUAAAUGAUUUAAAUCCAUUAGCAGAGAAUGUUGGUAAACUGUAGCAGUGACCAUCUAUCUAUGUUUGUACAAAGAGCAUUCUAUUUCACUGCCUUAGCUUUUAUGUAAGUUCAGUGAUGUCUUUUUGAGAAGUAUAUUAUGAUACACAAUGUGAGUUUUAAAAUUAUAUAUUAAGCCUAUGAACUGCUUCAUCUACCAGCAACUCAGUACUUUUUCAUGCCUCACUCUUCCUUUCUCCUUCUCUGUCUAGCAUGCCAUCUGGCUUGUCAAUUUUCUAAAUGGAAAUUACUUGCCAGGGCGCUUCAGCAUACUGACUGACUGUGUGACAUGUUGGAUGACGUGUUGGCUGGAUGCUAUGAGAGUUUGUCAUGAUUGUGACACACAUGUAUUUGAUAAUGUCAGAGAGCAGCUGGAGAUACAAUACAAUCUGGUUUGUAGUAUCAUGAAAUAGAGGAUGGCUGGUCACGUCAACUGCAGCUAUAAUUAUGAUAAAUGAUCAUGAUAAAAUCUUUGGUUUGGUUGGGUGGUGGGUGUAAAUGCAUUUUAAAGGGAAAUGUUUUUGUUUGUUUUAAAAAAAAAUCAUUAUAAUAUACAUUUGUAAAUAAAUGUUUUCUGUGACUCAUGACUUGUCAUGUGCAUUCAUAUUAAACCAACUCUGA